GUGAUUCUUGCUGAAAGAAAUCCAGCCCUGACAAGAGACAUCAGUUAGCAAGAGAAAGUGGAAAUGGAGCAGAGACAGUACUGGGAUCCCAGGCAGUUAUAGCUCUGAGUCUGGAGACCAGAAGAGACACCUCCAGGGUCUGCACUUGGGCUCUAAACAAGGGAUACACAGCUAAAGAGAGAAAUCUAGAGAUUCCUGGGAAGGAGAGAGAUGGUGCCACACAAUGAGCAGCACAGACUAUGGGAGAAGUUCUCAGAAGCCCCCUACAGUGGAGGCAACCCAUGGAAGUGGCUCCUGAUCACAGCCUCCAUCCUCAGCUGCUGGAGCCAGCCAACGUCUGCUCAGGAUCUCACUGUUGUACCAAUCCCGGCCAAUGUGAAAGAAGGCGACAGAGUCAUCCUGGUGGUCCAGGGGGUCUCAGGGAAGCCUUUGAGCUACACUUGGUUCAGUAGAUCACCAGGAGAUUCAAGCGACACUGAGAUCGUCAGGUACAUUGUUGGUAACAGAACACGGAUACCAGUCAAUAUCCGGCAGAAGGUGCUCCCCAAUGGCUCCCUGCUCAUCCCCAACCUCCUCAUCAGUGACACUAAAUACUACACUGUACAGAUGGUCGAUACCUUUGGAAAUAUACUUAGAGGAGGAGCCCCACUGACAGUGUAUGGUAAGUGCUGCCCUACCCACGGGCCACGCAGUUGUUCUAACAGCCUCUCCCUGUCUGGGGUCCGACUCCUCCCCACCCUCCUUAGCCAGGGAGCAGGAAGAAGCCCCAGCCUGACCCACUCCCACAGGAAGGAGCCUGAGGAGGGGAGACUCCCUGAACUUCGAGCUUCCUCCUUCCGAGCCAAUGGCUUUCCGAAUGGAGUGACAUUCAUCCUUCUGAAUCUGACUUCCUCCUUGGACUUUGCGUACACGGAAGCAAGAUGUACCUUCUCUCCCGACAUCAUGAACAUGGAAACGGCAUUUGGCCGGGGAAUCGUUCAGCAGAGAUCCAAUGGCCGUUUCCCUGGGAUGUUUGAGUGGGAGCCCCAACCAGAGAAACUGGCCAAACCCAUGAUUGCUGUCAAUGACACCAACAUCCUAGAGGAUGAGUCUUUGAUCCUGACCUGUAGCACAGAAAAUGUGGGGCCAAACAUUCGGUGGUUCUUCAACGACCAGCCCUUGUCUCUCCAUCGAAGGAUGAGCACAUUCGAGAAUAAUCAGAUUCUCCUCAUUAAGGGUGUGAAGAGGGAAGAUUCUGGGUCCUACCAGUGUGAAGCCUGGAAUCCAGCCAACACCAAUAGAAGUGAUGACCUCACCCUGACUGUGAGCUGUGAGUGACUCUCUGUCUCCUUCCUCCCAAGCUGUCCCCAGCAAUGACUGAAAUCCCAUUUCCCUCUUUGCUCUUUCCACAGAUGGACCAGAGAAUAUCAGGAUUCCUCAGAGUCCUGAAAGUGGGGAAAUUGAGGUCCACUUAAACAACUCCCUGACUUUAGAGUGUCUGGCUCUGUCUUACCCCCCUGCCCAGUAUGAAUGGCAUGUCAAGGAGAGUUCUAGAUCUGUACAUUCAGGGAGCACUUAUACCCUCAUGCCAGCGUCUUUGGAACAUUCAGGAAAGUAUACGUGUUGGGCGAGGAACAGGGUGACCAAGUUAUCAGUGUCUAAGGACAUCACAGUCAAGGUGGCUGGUGAGUCUUCUCUCUCUUUCCUCAGAGAAUAAGUCCCUUGAGUUGGCCUAGAAUGGGAUGACGUUUCAUGGAGCAUUGGGAGAGGACAUGUAAAGGAGUAACGUCUCUUUGAGGGAUGUGGUCAUAUUUGUAGUGAAUGUUAGUCCAUUUAUGCUAGUUUGUCCUUGGGAGAAAUGGAGACAAACAUCUCUGUCUUCUUUAGUAAUCUGAGAAACUCUCAUGUCCAAUGCAAGCUCAUUCAUUGUGUGACACACAUUUAGGUGCCUACUAUGUGCAGGACACUCUGCUAGACACUGAAUGACACACAAGAUUUACCCAAGAUUUAAUUCUUACCUUUGGGAAUCUUAUAAUUUAGUAGAUGGUUCAUAUUCCAACAAAAGUAAUUUGCAGACAAUAUUAGAGGUCAAGUAAGUUUAGAGAAUGAUGUGCAUGAUGGGGGAAAGUCCAUCACAGUUCUGGGAGGUCAGAAAUCAUCUGGUUUCAGAGAGGAGCUGUCACCUGAGUUGUGCUUUAAAGGAUGGGGAGGAGCUCAAUACAUCAAAGAAGAGGAGUGAGAAUGUUCCAUUUCUAUGGAGAAAUAGCUCAAGAUAAUGUUCAAAGGAGUUCAAAGGUAACUAUGGUGUAUGGCUGAGAGCAGAAAACAGACCACUGCAGCCUGGGCAGACAAUGCAUGGCCAGGAGAAGUAUUUGUAAAUGUAAAUUAGAAUUCCAUCCAUAAAAGAGAAGGGGUUAGCAUAGUUUAUCAGAAAAAAAAAAGCUAAACAAUAUGUUGUCUAUAAAGAAUACAUCUGAAAUAUGAAGAUUCACAGAAGAAAAAUAUAGGGUUAGUUUUUUAUGUAAAAUGGGUCAUUUUUAUUACAUUAAAUUAAAUGGAUUUUACAGAAACAAAAACAACCAGCCAAGAUUAAAAGGAAAGCAGAAAACUAGGAGGGGGGGGAUUUAGAGCAAGUUUCUCUGACAAAAAUCUUAUUUUUCAAAUAUAUAGAGAAUGGAUUCAAAUCAUGUUCCUCUAGAACCAAAAAAAAAAUUGGUAUCAAUCAUGACCUGAGAUAACAGCAAAAAUGGACUUGAUAUGAAAAAAAUAAUUAGAGAAACUCCAUUAUACUGAAAGAUACCAUAGACAAUGAAUUACUGUACCACUAAAACAAUGAAUGUGGGCCAAAUUGCCAAACAUAUAUGUACCAAAAAGAAAAAAAGAAGCUGAAGGAAAUUACAACAGUAAGGGAUCUCAAUGUACUGCUUUCAGAUCUGGAAAAAUAUAAAAAGAAAAAAAAAAGAUACCUAAGGACCUGAACCAAAGUAUAUGAAUGACACUUUUACUAAAACUGACCAUGCAUCAGGGCAUAAUGAACUCCUGCUUGCUAAAAAGUGAAGUAAUAAACACAUAUACUGAUCACAAUGCAAUAAGAUUCAUAUUCAGUAAAGGUCUUUGAAUUAAAAAGGAAAAACUACAGAGUAAAUGCCAUAAUUGUAAAGAUCUGGUGGGUCAAGGACAGUUUUGUCAUUUCUUCCUUUGACCAGAGUAAGUGAUCUCAUUUCUAUCAGCCAACCUUAGCCCAUCCUCCAAGAGAUCCUAAUGAUUCUCCUCAAUAACAAUACAUGGAACACUUAAAAUGCAAAGAGGAAAGGCACAAAAUGAAAGAAAGACUAAAGGAAGGAAGAACAAUAAGGAAGCUUUUCCAAAAAGUAAUCAAAUGGAAAAUAAUGAAGGCUUUUGGGCUAGGAAGUUGGAAGGGAGAGAAAGGUGAGCUCAGAGGAUUGAAAGCUGAGUUGAAUGUGAGAGAUAGACCCCCCUCCCCAACCCACACUGCAUCAUAUAAUAAAUUGGGAAAUUGAUGUCCAGAGAGUGGAACAAACUUCCCCAAAUCUCAUAGCUAGAUCCUGCUCUCAAAAUUCUAAUCCCAGGGCUCUUUAUGUUUCAAUGCACUACCUUUCAGGGAUCAACGCCAGAGAUAAUCAUUUAGAUUUUUUCGGAGAAAAAUGAUGCAAUCAGAAUGGGAUUUAAAGAUGAUUAAAUAAGGACAAUAAUCUGAAGGAUAAAUUAGAGAGAUGGCAUACCAAGGCAGAAACAUUGGUCAGAAAAUUAUUGCCAUGAAAAAUUGGAAAAUGAGGGAAUGCCCUUCAAUUGGGGAAUGACUGAACAGAUUGUGGUAUCUGUUGGUGAUGGAAUACUAUUGUGCUCAAAGGAAUAAUGAACUGGAGGAAUUCCAUGUGAACUGGAAUGACAUCCAGGAAUUGAUGCAGAGUGAAAGGAGCAGAACCAGGAGAACAUUGUACACAGAGAUUGAUACACUGUGGCACAAUUGAAUGUAAUAAACUUCUCUAUUGGAGGUAAUGUAAUUAUCCUGAACAACUCAGAGGGAUCUAUGAGAAAGAACACUAACCACAUUCAGAGGAAAAACUGUUGAAGUAGAAACACAAAAGAAAAACAACUGCUUGGUUACAUGGGUGGAUGUGAUAUAGUUUGGGAUGUAGUCUCUAAAUGAACAUCCUAAUGCAAACACCAACAACAUGGAAAUAGGCUUUGAUCAAGGACACAUGUAAUAUCCAGUAAAAUUGUGGGUCAGCUAAGGGAAGGGUGGGGGAAGGGAGGGAGGGAAAUGAUAUGAUUCUUGUAACCAAGGGAUAAUGUUCUUAAUUGACUCAAUAAAUAAAUUUAAAGAAAUAUAAAGUCCUUGAGGGCAAAAAAAAAAGAAAAGAAAAGAAAAAAGAAAGAAGGAAAACUAUUGCCAUGAUGUGGAUGGAACCUGAGAUGAGGGGAUAGGUGUGAGAGAUUAGUAGUAGUCUCUCAGUAACCGAGGAUGAUGAUUGUCUUUGUGCAUUUUCAUCUGUGAUGUAGAUGAGUGUGCACAAAAACACUUGUGCGUGAAGGAGAUUUAAGUGGAAAAGUGGAUGCACAGAGACAGUCCCACUCUCUCGGUGUUGGAAGCCUGGGUCCAGUGGCACGAAAGGUCGUUACACCUGGAGACUUCCUCAGCUGCAUUGGAUGGCCGUGUUGUCUUUUGUGCUCCAACACGCCCUAAGGACUCCACAGUGCUUUGCUGCGUCGCCCUCUCAGCCAUUGAGAGAUACUGUCCAGUAAAAGCACAAAUAACCAUAACAUUAAGGGGACCAUCAGAGACUUGAUUAGAUGAUCAUUUCAGAAGAAAAGGUCAAACAUGGCUUUUAAUUUGAACCUGGAUGACUGGUAGUGUGGUGGUGCCAUCAACAGAAAUAGAAUGGUAGUGGACACAAUGUUGGUGAGAGAUCAUAAAUUCAGAGAUUAGGUAUGUAGAGUUUGGUGUGGUUGACCAAAAUUCAGGUGUCUCCAAUCAUUUGCCAGGUAGCCUACAAUGGGACCCCGACAAGGUGAUAGACUUGAGGAAGAAAAGCGGAGUCUAUGUUGUCAAUCAGCUAGCAGUGACUCAGUAUUUCCCAAUGGCCAGGCACUGUGCACAAGUGGUAGGCACUUCAUGUCUGGAACACCUCAAAAACCCUGAAGGUCCAUUUUCUCUUCUUUGUCCAUAGCAUCUGAGUCUCCAGAAAGAAGUAAUGGUGCCACUCUGUCUGGUGGAUCUAUCACGGUUGUUGUGAUUGGAGUUCUAGCUGGAGUGGCUCUUCUUGGGGCUCUCAUCUAUGUCCUCAUCACCAAAAAUACUGGAAGGGGCAAAAAAGACCUCCCUCGAGGGAAACAGUCAGCACCAAGAUAUGGGGAGGACACCACUGUCUAUGAGAACACUGUUCACCUAAAAGGCUUGGCUCUGCCUGCACAGGGCCUGGACUCUUCCUCUACUUCCCCUGAAAUCUCAUCUGAGAGUCCCUAUCAGAUGUUGGACAUCACCAGAGUGGAUGUUUAUGAAAAGAUCACUCCCUGGAAGAACCCUCAAGUCUGAGGCAGAGGGAGAAGUCACUAGGGAUGUUGUGAUAGUCCUUCUGAUUUACUUCAUUAAGGGGGAUUGAGAGGUAUCUUUUGGGAGAAAAAGUUGAGAGAUCUACAUCAGUGAGAAAACCAAUCAGGAGAGAUGUGUGAUCAAAUUGGAAGGUAUCCCAAUGAUGUCAAGGGCAGAAAGAAAGGAGCCAUAAGUAUAUGACUAUGUAUAGCAGCAGUGUUUAUUUUAGCUAGAAGUUAGAAAAAACUGGGCAUUCCUCCAUUGGGACAUGUCUUAAUAAACUGUGACGUAUGAAUAUCAUGGAAUUUUCUUGUCUCUUCAAUAUGAAUUUGAUGGAUUUAGUGAAAUCUGGAGGGGAUUCUAUCAACUGAUGUAGAGUAAUAAGAAUAGAAGAAGGAGACAAGUUCAUACAAUGGCUUCAACAAUACUAUAGAGACGAAGAAAUCCAAUAGCUUCAGAAUGCAGGCAUUUGAGGGGCCAAUCAUGACUACAAAAAAUGACUGAUAAAAUGUACUUUUUACUCUUUGGCCUGAGGGGCAUAGUUCUUGGGGAAGAGACCCAGCUUCCUAGGAAGAUCAGUAAUCCAGGCAUGGCAAAAGAUCAGUAAUCCAGACCAUGACAAAAGAAAAUGCCUGGACAUAAUACUACAGGAGAUUAUUCAGGAAAACUGCCCUAAUAUUCUGGAACAAGAGGGAAAAGUAGAGAUUGGAAGAAUCCACAGAUCACCUCCUGUUCUUAAUCCCGAACUGACAACACCCAGAAAUAUUAUAGCCAAACUCAAGAACUAUUACAAGAUGCCAAGAAGUCAUUCAGAUACCAUGGAACCACAGUGAGGAUAACACAGUAUCUGGCUGCAUCCACACUGAAGGCCCGAAAGGCAUGGAAUAUGAUAUUCCGGAAAGCAAGGGAACUGGGACUACAACCAAGAAUUAACUAACCAGAAAAACUGACUAAUAGAAGAAUUCCAGGAAUUUGUAAAGAAAAGACCAGACCUGAACAGAAAAUUCGAUGCCCAAGCACAGAACUCAAGAGAAUCAUAAAAAGGUAAUUAAAAAAUGAGGGGGAAAAGAAAAACAAAACAAAACAAACACCCCCCCCCUUUUUUUUAAAGAGACUCAAUAAGUUAAAAUAUUAUGUAUCCCUAUAAGAAAAUAAGUCAUUGGUAACUCUUAAAAACUAUUGUUAUUACCUGGGCAGCUAGAAAGAUUACACUUACAGGGAACAAUGACAAACUGUAUAAGAUAAAAGGACAAGACAGAAAUAGGUAUACAGAUAUAUGCAUGCAUAAAUACAUAUAUAUGUAUGUAUAUAUACAGCUAGAGCUAAAAAAAGAAGUUAAUACUAAAAGAAAUGGGAAAAGAAACAAAUGAGGGUAAAUUUAUAUAUCACAAAGAAGCUCAAGGCGGGAGGGGGGAGAACAUCAAUACACUGGAAGGGUAAAGAGGUUGGAGAUAGGAAAUACUCAACUCUCACAUUCAUUGAAAUUGACCAAAAGAGGGAAGAACAAUCCAAUCCAUUGGGGAAGAGAAUAGAUUUGCGUCUUAUAGGGGAGUAGAAGGAUAACAAAUGGACUGGUGGGGAGGGAAGCAGUAUAAGGGAGGGAGAGGAUGGGGGUAGUUUUAGAAAGACUACAGGGAAAAUAAAGGGGGGAACUAGAAUGGAAGGGGGUCAAAAGGGAAGUAAAAUAAAGCUGGGAACUAGGGGGACUGAUUAAAAACAAACAUUGGUGUAGAAGGAAAUAGUGAAAGAAGAAAAGGCAGGACCAGGAGUAGAAAUCAAAAUGAUGGGAAAUACACAGCUAGUAAUCAUAACUCUGAAUGUGAAUGGAAUGAACUCACCCAUAAAAUGGAAGCAAAUAGUAGCAUGGAUUAGAAUCCAAAACCCGACCAUAUGCUGUUUGCAAGAAACACACAUGAAGAAGGUAGAUACGCAUAGUGUGAAAGUAAGAGGAUGGAGUCAAAUAUAUUGGGCAUCAACUGAUAAAAAGAAGGCAGUAGUCUCAAUCAUGAUAUCUGACAAAGCCAAAGAAAAAUGAAUCUAGUUAAAGGAGAUAGGAAAGGUAAUUACCUCCUAAUAAAAGGGAGUAUAGACAAUGAAGAAAUAUCAGUACUCAACAUGUAUGCACCAAAUGUUAUAGCAUCCAAAUUUCUAAAGGAGAAACUACUGGAGCUCAAGGAUGAAAUAGAUAGAAAAACUAUACUAGUGGGAGGCCUGAAACUUCCUCUGUCCGAACUAGAUAAAUCAAACCAAAAAAUAAAUAAGAAAGAGGUAAGAGAAGUAAAUGAAAUCUUAGAAAAAUUAGAGUUAGUAGACAUGUGGAGAAAAAUAAAUAGGAACAAAAGGAAUACACCUUUUCAGCAGCACAUGGUACAUUCACAAAAAUGGACAAUGUACUAGGUCAUAAAAACAUUGCAAACAAGUGCAAACGAGCAGAAAUAAUAAAUGCAACUUUCUCAAAUGCAAUGAAAAUAAUAAUC